GUAGUUGCGAUUUAAUGAUCCCCUCACGUCCGUGCGUCGCCACCAACAGCGAAAUAGGAGCGGGCGAGGAAGACGAGAUCGAGAGAAGGAGCUUCGCUCGUCCCACCCAGUUGUCCCGUUCGUCGAAAGCCCCUACCUUUGCUCCUCAGGCGAUCGAUCCCGUCGUCAGACCCUGCCCGCAGGAAGUUUACAGUGGUUAAAAUCAUUAGGAAUGUCGCCAGCAUCCAAAUCUAAGUCAAAGGACAAAUUGUCCAAUAAGGCAGCCAAGGAACAAGCAAAAGUUUCUUUAAAACCCUCUGCUGCUCCUCUUAACUAUGGAAAUGGUGCUCCUUCAAGUGCAUACAAUCCAGAUUUAGGGACAUUCCAUGCUUUUGAUACAAUGAUCUCUGGUUCCUUGACAACAGGCCAACACAAUGGAUGUUUUAGGAUCAUAGAUGAAACAGAGGAGCAUUCUUGUAGUUCAUUUGGUACAGCAGGUGACUCUGACUCAAUGUCUAACCAUAAUAGCUAUUCUGGUGAGUCAGAGGAUCAGAAGGAGAAAAUUACAACUAGUAAUGCAGCUCGCAUAGAACCUGUAACUGAUUGUGAUACUGACAAGCGUGAGAAGAUUCGACUGAAAAAUGAGAGAAAGCAUCAACGUCAAAAGGAGAGACGGGCACAGGAGCUACACGAGCGCUGUAGUGGGUACCUCAUGUCUAGGAAACUAGAGAUGCUUGCUCAGAAACUAGUAGCAAUGGGCUUCUCUUCCGAACAAGCAACAAUGGCGCUUAUUCAAAAUGAAGGACGUGUUGAAGAGUCCAUUGCUUGGCUCCUUGAAGGUGGGGAAGAGAGUAAACAGCAAACCACUGUGAACAUAGAUGGUGGUGUCAACUUGAAAAUUGAUAUCACCAUGGAGCUUGCAAAAAUUUCAGAUUUGGAGGUGAAGUUCAAGUGCGCGAAGCAGGAGGUUGAAAGGGCUGUAGUUGCAUCGGAGGGUGACUUGGAAAAGGCUGAAGAGACUUUAAAGACACAUAAACAAGAAUCAAAAGCACUUCCAUCAAAGUUGGAAGAAUCAAGUGACCCUGUCAUAGCAAGUGGUCUCGACAAUAAAACCAUAAUUUCUGUCCAAAAUGCAGCUUUAAGACCCCAGCAGAAGGAAGUGGCUUCGUUUCGCACUAAGCAACAGAGAAGAGGUGAGCGAGAUCUAAACCAUAUCAAAGCAGUGCCUGUGGGAGCUGUGGAGUCCUCGAAUAAGAAUUUGCAGUCUUCGAGAAAAAUACAGCCUAAGGUGGACUGGGGAAAACCACAAGUUGCUGCCCCGAUGGAGAAAAGGUGGCCGAGUACUGCCUCUGCUCCAUCAAUUUCAAGCUCUUCGCCCUCUUUGCAGGUAGCCGCACCUCCAACUAAUCAAUGCGCAAUGGCAAGCAGUGAAGCAAAGGCCAUCAUGCCAACAGGAACAUUGAGGGAGCCUGUUAUUGUACUGCAACGCCCCCAAUCAGUCACAGCUAAGCAAAACCCCUCUUCCACAAACCUCAGCAGUGCUUCCCCUCCAUCUUCCACAGGAUGGUAUUCAAAUGGUGUCUCCAGCAUGGAGGCAAUGAAGGUGGCGAGUAAGGGUCACGGACAGAACUUACCCUUCAUGGGCUUGAAUGGUUCUAGCGCCCAAGAAUUCGCUCCCAAGAACCAUUUCCAAACUUCUGCUACUAGCGCUGCGGAAUCAUUUGCGACAGGAAGGGGUGGCUCGUCGAACAACACAGGUACAUCACCAGCAUCACUCGCAGCGCCAUCUUCACUUGGCCUCUUCACCGGGUCUGGGUCCUCUGUGCCAUCGCCACUGGAUUGGAGUUCGGGUGGAUAUGCACCUUGUGACUACACCUCCAUCGACUGGAGCUUGGACAUGACGCUAUUGAGGCCAUCCUUGAAGAGCAACCGCUUAUCCUCUACAUGGUCAACGAUGUUUAUGGGCGGAAAAGUUGCAAGGCCAGUUAUGAGUGUAGCAAGCAGCGCCUACAUCCCAGGGUUGCAGGACGGUAGUGGCCAUGUAAUGGACUCUUCAUAUCCAUCAGGGUCGCAUGAGUGGUCAUCCCCUUUCGCAGGGAAGGACCUGUUCAGUGUUCCCCGACAGUUUGUCACUAAUUUCUCCCUCUAGGAAGCGAGAUAUGUAUGAUGCAAUAAAAAUAAAAUGGACGUGGCUGGAUC